AAAAUAGUUUUAUUGGAACUAUACAUUAAAUGAUAUCAAAGCAGCUACAUAGAUAUUCUCAAUCGGAUUUCUUAUCAUUUCACUGGUCCGAUAUUUUAAGAGCCACUGUCAAUUGAAGAUUAAAUUAGUACAUAGGAAGCUCUUGUAGAACGCAGUACGUCAAUUGAUCAGUCUGUCUUUAAUCGAGUAGGACAUUAUAUACAUUGCUCGAUCAAUCUAUAGAAUGUCUAAGUUCUGUACAUUGAUUGUAAUAUAAAUACAUAUAUAAAUUAAUAAAUUUACACCCCUAUAGAUCAGAAGAGCCAUGAAGUGUAUUAUUGGGAAAUGGCUUAUCGUUCUUUGGAUAUUUUUUUUCUCGCAAACGAUCGGAAAAGCAGAUAAUAUAAAUAAUAACGAAAUAGAAAAAUGUAAUUUGUCGAUUAAUGUAAAAAACGAGAUUAAAGCAUAUAAACCGAUGGUACAUAAUAUUAUUAGCGAAGCUCUAUCCGGAACUUUCAAAGGACGAACGUGGCAAGAGUUAGCAGAUUUUGUGGAUAAUUUUGGACCAAGGUUUACCGGUACGCAGGUAUUAGAAGAUUCGAUCGAUUAUGUUCUAAAUAAAUCGCGAUCUUAUAAAUUGGAAAAUGUUCACGGAGAGAUUGUUAAAGUACCUCAUUGGGUGAGAGGAUUUGAAUCUGCGACGCUUAUCCAACCGAGAAGGAAAAACAUUGCAAUCUUAGGACUAGGAUACAGCGUUGGUACUCCGAAAGAAGGGAUAACAGCUAGUGCCAUAGUCGUGGAUAGUUUUGCCGAACUCGAGAGUAGAGCGAAUGAGGUACCUGGCAAGAUCGUCGUAUUCAACGAAAAAUAUGUUUCAUAUGACAAAACUGUUAAAUAUCGUUCCUCCGGAGCAUCGAAAGCUGCUGAAUUUGGUGCAGUUGCAGUUCUUAUCAGAUCGGUAACACCGGUUUCGCUAUAUACACCACAUACAGGCAUGAUGGAUUAUACUGAAAAUAUCACCAAAAUACCAGCGGCUUGUAUUACAGCCGAGGAUUCCACCCUUUUGAGAAGAAUAGCUAAUAAGCAUAAAAAUAUAAUAAUACGUUUAAAAAUGGAUGCACACAGUUUGCCAGAUAAAGAAUCUAGAAAUGUCGUCGCUGAGAUAAGCGGUAGAGACAAACCGGAAGGUGUUGUGGUAGUAUCAGGUCAUAUAGACAGUUGGGAUGUGGGUGAAGGCGCAAUGGAUGACGGAGGUGGUGCUUUUAUUUCCUGGAAUGCCUUGCAAUUGUUGAAACAACUUAAUUAUCGACCUCGUAGAACUAUCAGGAUGAUUAUGUGGACUGCUGAAGAAAUGGGAUUAAUCGGAGCAGGCCAAUACGUGAAACAGCACAAAGCUGAAGAAAAGAACUUGCAAUUCGUCAUGGAAUCGGAUAUUGGAACAUUUACUCCGUUGGGUAUUGAAUAUACUGGUGUACCAUACGUGGGAUGUGUUUUGCAAGAAAUUUUGAAACUAAUGUCCCCCUUGGGAGAGAUGAAAGUGCGCACACCCAAUGCUGGACCUGAUAUUUCGUAUUGGAUUGAAGCUGGCGUGCCUGGUGGAUCUCUUUGGAACAAAAAUGAUAAAUAUUUUUAUUAUCAUCAUUCUAACGCAGAUACUAUGCUAGUUGAAAAUCCAGAAACUCUCGACAUGGGUACAGCUUUGUUUGCUGCAGUGUCUUACGUUUUAGCUGAUAUAAGUAUCGAUCUACCUCGGCACAAAUCACUUGAUAUAAUUUCAAAAUGAAAAAUAGGCAAAUAGAAAUAAGUUAUUUACCUAGGAAUGUUGAUACCAGGUACGAAUAACGUAUCUUUAUUCCCAACUUGUAACAUUUCUCAUAUUUACUUGUUCACUUGCACGGAUCCGCGCCGUGCGUACAAAUAUAAUUUGUUUAGGCCAUUCAGCCUAACGAUUAUAAAUUCAACUUUAUAUCUAGAUGUAGAUGAAUAUAACAAAUGCUUGGACAAGACGACUUUCGGUUAGGCUAUGAUAUCACUCGUUUCUUAAAUUGGUCUUUCCGGUCAACGGACAAUAAAUGAUACGUACGAUCUUUUUUUUUUUUAAUCUUUGUAAUCUUUAUAUUGUAAUGAAUAAAUAUAUAAUACGUUAUCAA